AUGGGCUGCUGGGCCAAGGUGAAGUCCUCCGACUGGGCUUUUCCGACUGCUGUACUGUCACUUUAUGGUUUCUUUGCCAAUUGCCGAAUCGCAGAGCCGUUCCUCACACCAUACUUAAUUGGGCCUUAUAAAAACAUUUCGGAAGAAGUGGUGACCAACUACCUCUAUCCCAUAUGGACAUACUCCUACCUAGCCUUUCUUUUCCCUGUUUUUCUGCUGACUGACUUUCUGAGGCACAAGCCACUAAUUGUGGUGCAGGGGCUUUUUCUUGUCUCCAACUAUGUCCUUCUUUGCUUUGCCCCAGGACUAAUUGCCAUGGUCUUCCUUGAGAUUCAUUAUGCUGUCGUAACUGCAACAGAAGUGGCUUACUUUUCUUACAUUUACAGCGUGAUUCCUCUUGAGAAUUACCAAAGAGCCACAGGUUACCUUCGCAGCUCUAUGCUUUUUGGAUACACAUUUGGUGCCGGCCUGGGACAGGUUCUCGUCUCCUCAGCAGGGCUGGACUACUUCUAUAUCAAUGCCAUCACUCUGGGCGUUGUAAGCGUGGCUUUUCUCAUCUCCUUCUGGUUGCCGAGGCCUCAGAGGAGCAUGUUCUUCAAAGGGAGAAAGGCUGCAGCUCCGGGCCGACAGUCCCAGCAGGAGGUGCCUCGGAUAACGGGCAGACCUGAUGAAACGGUGUCGGGUUUGGGAGAAGCUAGCUCCGGGAAACAGAUGAUGGAGCGUAAUGACAACGCUGGCUGGUGCAGCAGGAAAAAUGUGCUUAGUGCGGGUCAUUUACUUUGGCAAAGCUUCAGGGAGUCCUACUCAUCAAGGCAUUUAAUCUAUUGGUCUGGGUGGUGGGCUCUGGCCACAGCUGGAUAUACACAAAUACUUAACUACAUCCAACUAAUGUGGGACCAUAUUGAGCCAUCUGCCACGUCAUCCGUUUACAAUGGUGGUGUAGAAGCUGCAUGUUCUCUUGUUGGUGCUGCUGCAGCUUUCUCGGUGGGUUACAUCAAGGUGAACUGGUCUGUGUGGGGAGAGCUGGCAUUAGGCUUGUUUUCAGCCGUCGGGGCAGGCGCUGUGUUUCUGAUAGUGCUCACCAGCAACAUUUGGGUUUGCUAUGCUGGCUAUGCCCUAUUUAAAUCAUGCUACAUGCUGCUCAUCACCAUCACAACAUUUCAGAUUGCCGCCAAUCUUUCCAUGGAAUGCUAUGCUCUGACGUUUGGCAUCAACACAUUUGUGGCCCUUUCCUUGCAGACCAUUAUGACAAUUAUUGUUGUUGACGGAACUACAUUAGGACUGGACAUUGUGACGCAGUUCAUCAUUUACGGGAUCUAUCAUGCAGUCAUCUCCGUCCUCUUUUUAAUUCGAGGGACAUACACCGCCUGCACAGAGCGACGCACCCAAGUGCCACCAGAUAACAAGCAAAACGGAAUUGGGGGGAACGACGUGGUGAUCCAUGAUGAACCGUUCUGA